AAUUUAGAAAGAUGCAAUUUUUAACAAUAUAUUUCUAGUGAGGGAUAAGAAGUGAGGACGUCCUCCAACUUUUAUCAUUCUCAAAAAUUGGAUUCAAGAAAAAUCAAGAGAGGCUGCUGGACUGAAACUCCUGUUCUUUUGCUCUAAUGGGUGAACCAGAUACUUCUUUGUCCUUUCUUUUGCUUUCUCAAUUUCUCUUCAUUUACUCGAGAGAAAGGGGGUAGGAGCGUAGAAAGAGGAGAGAAGAGGACAGGACAGGAGACCUACAUCUUUAUGAUCGUCACCAUCCUUUUUCUCCCAUGACCCAUGAAUUCUGGACUAUUGUAGUCUUCUUGAAGCAUAAAAAUAAAAUCUUGUCACCUUUUUUUAUCUUCCCAUGUGGGAUGGUGAGACUUGGCUCUUACUAGUCUUUUGGAGUUGGGAGCUAUCAUUUAUCUUCAUUGGUUUUUAAUCUUAGCGGCUUCUGGAAAAGGGGGAAGCUAAAGGGUGAGUUUGGUUAGGCCUCUGCUUUUUUUGUUAGGUAUUUUGGUUUGUGGGGAUUCGUUCUACGCUUGUGUCAGAAGGAAGAGGGAUUUCUUCCGGUGUAUGUUGUAAUAGAAAAGAUUGUCCUUCAGAGAAAUCAGAAUUAUGAACUGAGAUUUUGUUCUAGUGAAGGAAGGAAGCAAGGAAUUUGCUAAAUCUCAGUGGGGAGUACCAAGAAGUUUUUCCUUAAAGCUUAAGUCUUUGUCUGAGCGUGGGGGUUUGAUGGUGAAUUUUGAGGUUUCGGUGAAGUGGGUCGUGCUUAGUUUGCACAAUUAGUCUCUGGUGGUGUCGAAUGUCCGUGUAUUGGAUCAUUCUGUUGGACAAAGCCAGUUUCCUUCUUGUGUUGAACUUGCUGUUCCUGUUAACCAACAACCAGAGAUAGAAACUUUUCUUGUUCAGCCAUUUUCCUUGGUUUGAGUUUCUGUUGACUUAUGGGGAGUGAUGUUUUCGAAGUUACAGAAGCUCUGCCAUCUCUGAAUGACAUAAAGGUGCAUCGUCUCAUGUGCGCAGAGUUAAUAAAAUUGAUAAAUAGCGUUUCGAAAAUACUUCCAGAAACAGAAGAAGCCCGGCCUGGGUGCUCAACAGGAAUAGGGGCACUUUGCUUAUUGAACAGAGCAAUUGGUAAAGCCAAGCUGUUGCUUCAGCAUUGCAGUGAGUCCAGCAAGCUCUACCUGGCACUAACAGGAGAUACUAUAUUGACAAGAUGCCAAAAGUCAACGAAUCUGCUUGAGCAAAGUUUAAGCCAGUUGCAAAAUAUGGUCCCUGUAAUGCUUGCUGCAGAGAUUUCGAAAAUAAUUUCUGAUCUAAGAGUUGUGGCAUUUAGCUUAGACCCUUCAGAGGAGGAGGCAGGAAAGGUUUUGUGGGAGUUGAUUAAUCAGUAUAGAUCUCCAACAGAUUCAACAGAAGAAACUGCAUUUAAGGCUAUCCAAGGUGCUACAGUGAGGCUUCAUAUCAAUUCCCAGAAAGACCUUUUGAUAGAGACAAGAUCCAUCAGGAAGUUGCUUGACAAAAUCGGGCAAAAUGAGCUGCCAAAAAGGAAAAUCUUAUUAUUCUUGCAACAUCUUCUGAAAAAGUACGGGAAGUUGAUUGUGAAAGAGCAAAAGGAAACAAAAUUGAUGCAGCAUGAAGAAUCCAUUCCAUUGCCAAGCUCUUCUGGUCAGUCUGUUGAAGUAGAAUCUCGGCUGCUAGAUAGACCUGAUGAGGCUCAAAGUAACACAUGGAGUACUCCUGGAAUUCCAGAACAAUUCAAAUGUCCUUUAUCGUUGAGAUUAAUGUAUGACCCCGUUGUUAUUGCUUCAGGGCUAACAUUUGAAAGGAUGUGGAUUCAGAGGUGGUUUGAUGAAGGUCAUGAUGUAUGUCCAAAGACUCAAAAAAAGUUAAGCCACUUGUCAUUGACUCCAAAUACUGUCAUGAAGGAUCUAAUUUCAAAGUGGUGCGCAAAAGCUGGAGUAACUAUACCUGAUCCCAGCAUGCCUGCAGUGUAUCAACCACUGGAAAUUUCAUCAACGUCCAUUGCCAGCUUGAGCAGUUCUGUGAAUGAUCUUGCUCUUCCUAUAGAUUUCAGCAACUCAUCUAUUCGAGCUACAUAUGCUGGACAGGGUUCUGUUACUUCUCAUGCUCAGAUUGCGAAUGGUGUGAGAUUUCAGUGUAUUGGAAGCGCACAUGAAAUCGAUCUGGAGAUUCUGUAUGAAAUGGAUUCACUUCCUUGGGAAUACAGGUGCAAAGUGGUCAAAGAUAUUCAGAGCUUUUGGAAACAUGAAGAUCGAUCUUGUAGCUCAAUAUCAUGUGAGAAUUUGAUUCCACCACUUCUAAAAUUUCUGAAGGAUGCCGAUGACGUUCACGAUGUGGAAGCUCUGAGAACUGGAUGUCUUUUGCUGUCAGCUUUUGUUAAGAAAUGCAGAAGCAGUACUAUACCAUGCUUGGAAGAAGACACAUAUGCACUGUUGGCCUCCUUUCUAGACACUGAAGUUGCUGAAGAAACUAUUGGUGUACUGGAGGUUUUAUCUUGCCACCAACCCUGUGAUUAUGAAAUUGCGGCAUCUGGUGCACUUCAUCAUAUACUAAGAAUACUUGACAAACAGAUAUCAGGACUACAGGAGCCAGCCCUCAAAAUAUUGUGCAAUUUGUCAGCAAAGAGUAGAAUUAGGUCCUUAAUGGUUCCUGCUAACUUCAUCCCCAAGUUGGUUCCAUAUUUCGAUGAUAGUGCUCUGGCAGGGUACAGUGUGGCUAUUCUGAAGAACUUGUGUGACAGUGAAGAUACCAGAGCUUUUCUAGCUGAGACUGAUGGCUGCAUUGCCUCCCUUACUAAACUACUUGAGAGUGACAGUCAGGAAGACCAGGAAUAUACAGUAGGUGUUCUUCUUUCUUUGUGCUCCCAACGAAUUCAAUAUUGCGAUCUGGUCAUGGAGGAGGGUGUAAUUCCUGGUCUUGUUGCUAUAUCCGUCAAUGGGAAUAACAAAGGGAAGGCAAUGUCAGUGGAACUACUACGACUCUUACGUGAUGGAGUAAGUGAAAGUGAAGAUUGCUAUGACGUUAUUAGAGACACUAGCCCUCAUUCCAAAGGAAGGAAAUCUUCAAGUAAGGUACAAGAAUUUUUUGGGAAAAUGUCGAAGUUCUCAAAACAUGGAAAGAAAAAGUAAUAUGCAGGUCCUUUUUCCUCAGGCAAUCAAGACUCAACUUUUAACAGAUUCUUGGAUAUAACCAGGUAAGAUGUUUCUUGCUUUAGGCUAGUUAGUUGGUAGGAGUGGUUGAGAACAUUCAUAUAUUAGAGAAUGGAUAUAGUUGAUUCCCAGUGGUUGUGUAAGAUUUUUUACCAAUACUGGUUUGCUAUCCAAUUGUAGCUAAGGUCUACUGUUUGUAACAUAGCUGCAGGGCUUUUGGUAUAUGUUGUGUAUAAAUGUACAGAUCUAUGAGAUGGAUGUAGACUUCUACUUUUGUCGAUUUCUUAUAAUGCCGAUGUCAUGGUAAUCAUCUCUAA